AUGCGGCCCUUUUCCUCCUCAGCCCCUCCUGAGGCCCUGGGUUUUGUUCUGGGCACGUCGUCCCUGAAGCGCAUGGACAAGGCAGAUCCUAUUCAUGAGAGUGUAGACUCAAGCAAUGUUGGAAGGGUGCUGGCAUCUGAUGCUGCAACUUUUUUGAAAAAAUCAGGUCUUCCAGACUUGAUCCUUGGAAAGAUCUGGGACUUGGCGGAUACAGAUGCCAAAGGCGUCCUGAACAAGCAGGAAUUCUUUGUUGCUUUGAGACUCGUGGCCUGUGCACAAAACGGACUGGAUGUUUCCCUCAGUAGCCUUCAUUUGGCCGUCCCUCCACCUCGAUUUCGCGAUCAAGCAGCCCAUUGCUACUCAGUGGACCAGCAUCGGCCGAGCUCCCGUGGGCUGUCAAGCCCGAGGAGAAGGCCAAAUACGAUGCAAUUUUUGACAGCCUUAGCCCUGUGGGUGGCUUAUUGUCUGGUGAGAAGGUGAAGCCGGUGCUGCUCAAUUCGAAGCUGCCUGUGGACAUCCUUGGGAGAGUUUGGGAGUUAAGUGAUAUUGACCAUGAUGGAAUGCUGGACAGAGAUGAGUUUGCUGUUGCCAUGUUUUUGGUAUACUGUGCCCUUGAAAAAGAACCUGUGCCAAUGUCCUUGCCGCCAGCCUUGGUGCCACCAUCAAAG